GUGACUCCGGGCGCGGAACCGGGCAUGCUCAGUCGGCAGAGCCCGUUUUGGUCGCAAGUAGGAAGCUUUGGCGCUACACCCCGCAGCUGAUCUUGGUGCUUCUCGUUCAGGAGACCGGCUAGAGAGUAGCCUACGGGGCGCAGGAACAAACGGCUGCAGCCGCAUGCCGAGCUGGGUCAGAGCUAUGGGUGAGCUGCUCCUGUUUGAAGGCCAGCGCGCUGUGGUCGGACCUGCCUAGCUGUGGAACGGAAAGGAAGGCUAAAUGGGAAGUCCAUAGGAGAAAGCUACUGAAAAAGGAAACUCCUUUUGGUCUGUCUGACCUACUUGAGUGAGGGCUAUUAAUUGACAACGUCUUGGAGGGACAAAAGGAAUUGUACCAUCUGUACUUUGUACCAAAGACCUGGGAAAACUAAACACCCUCAGUCUUUCCUAAGUACUUGGAAAACGCUGACAAUUCUGGGUCAUGUGCUGACUGGCCACUAUGGGCAGGCGAUACCCAGGGGCUCACCAUCAUCCAAGCAAUUCAUGGAAUUUCCAAUGAUAAAACUCAACUUUUAAUCUUAGAAAGUUGCCUGAGGACACUGUGAGAUGCAUGACCUUCAACUACUUUUUCUGAAUGGAAAAGACAUGUCAGAGAUCCUACCCAUGACAGUACAGAAGUCUAGGGGCUAUCUUCUGACGCUUUCAAGACAGAAUCUUCUUAAGAUUUCAAAUUAUAACCUAUUUCCUGAUCCAUUGCUGGCGCCCAGUGAUCCAUGUCAGAAGUACUUCCAGUUGACUCUGGUGCAGACACCUUGGCCGUGUUUAUGGCCAGCAACAACACAACAGACGUUGUGAAUAGAAACGGUCCUGCCACACCACCAAACACCCUUAAUCUUCGCUCCUCCCAUAACGAACUAUUGAAUGCUGAAAUAAAACACACCGAAACCAAGAACAGCACACCUCCCAAAUGCAGGAAAAAAUAUGCACUAACUAAUAUUCAGACAGCCAUGGGCCUCUCCGAUCCUGCUGCACAGCCCCUCCUGGGAAACAGCUCUGCCAACAUAAAGCUGGUGAAGAAUGGUGAGAACCAGCUCCGGAAGGCAGCUGAACAACAGGGGCCUCAGGAUCCAAACAAAAAUGUCUCCCCCACUGCAGUCAUAAACAUAACUUCUGAGAAGUUAGAGGGGAAGGAGCCAAAUCCCCAGGAUUCCUCAGGUUGUGAAAUACUACCAUCCCGGCCCAGGAGAACCAAGAGCUUCCUAAAUUACUAUGCAGACCUGGAAACCUCAGCCCGGGAACUAGAACAGAACCUGGGGAACAGCCAUGUGGUGAUGGAAGAGAAGUCUGGUGGAAGCCAGGGCCAGGCCUCCACUGUGAUUGGGAAUGGGGAUGUGUUACCACGGAAACCAAAUAAGCACCAGUCGAGUCCAGAGGAUGGUCAAGUAGCCACUGUGUCAUCCAGCCCAGAGACCAAGAAGGACCAUCCUAAAACAGGGGCUAAGACUGAUUGUGCACUCCAUCGGAUUCAGAACCUGGCUCCAAGUGAUGAAGAGUCUAGCUGGACCACGUUAUCCCAGGACAGUGCAUCCCCUAGCUCCCCAGAUGAAACAGCCGACAUAUGGAGUGAUCAUUCAUUUCAAACGGAUCCAGAUUUACCACCUGGAUGGAAAAAAAUCUGUGAUAUUGCUGGGAUCUAUUAUUGGCACAUACCAACAGGAACAACUCAGUGGGAACGUCCAGUGUCCAUCCCAGCAGAUCUUCAGGGCUCUCGAAAAGGGUCCCUUAGUUCUGUAACUCCAUCUCCCACACCGGAGAAUGAGAAACAGCCAUGGAGUGAUUUUGCUGUUCUGAAUGGGGGAAAGAUUAAUAGUGACAUUUGGAAGGACUUGCAUGCAGCCACAGUUAACCCAGAUCCCAGUUUAAAAGAGUUUGAAGGAGCAACAUUACGCUAUGCAUCAUUGAAACUCAGACAUGCCCCACAAGCGGAUGAUGAUGAUUCAUGUAGCAUCAACAGUGACCCAGAAGCCAAGUGCUUUGCUGUCCGCUCUCUGGGAUGGGUAGAAAUGGCAGAAGAGGACCUUGCCCCUGGUAAGAGCAGCGUGGCUGUGAAUAACUGCAUCCGACAGCUUUCAUACUGCAAAAAUGACAUCCGAGACACAGUCGGCAUUUGGGGAGAGGGAAAAGACAUGUAUCUCAUUCUGGAGAAUGAUAUGCUCAAUCUGGUUGACCCCAUGGAUCGGACUGUCCUUCAUUCUCAACCCAUUGUGAGCAUCCGUGUGUGGGGCGUGGGCCGAGACAAUGGCCGAGAGAGAGAUUUUGCUUAUGUAGCAAGAGAUAAAGACACAAGAAUUUUGAAAUGUCACGUGUUUCGAUGUGACACGCCAGCAAAGGCCAUUGCCACAAGUCUUCACGAAAUCUGUUCUAAGAUUAUGGCUGAACGGAAGAAUGCCAAAGCUGUCGCCUGCAGCUCAUUACAGGAAAGAACUAAUGGGAACCUCGAUGUUCCUUUGCAAGUAGAUUUUCCAACGCCAAAGACUGAGCUGGUACAGAAGUUCCAUGUGCAGUACUUGGGCAUGUUACCUGUUGAUAAACCAGUAGGUAUGGAUACCCUGAAUAAUGCCAUAGAAAGUCUUAUGAGUUCAUCCAACAAAGAAGAUUGGCUGCUGGUUACCAUGAAUGUCGCUGAUGCCACUGUGACUGUCAUCAGUGAAAAGAAUGAAGAGGAAAUUCUGGUGGAGUGCCGUGUUCGAUUCUUGUCUUUCAUGGGAAUUGGCAAGGACGUGCAUACUUUUGCCUUCAUCAUGGACACAGGGAAUCAACGUUUUGAAUGCCAUGUCUUCUGGUGUGAGCCUAAUGCAGGCAAUGUAUCAGAAGCUGUACAGGCUGCAUGCAUGUUACGGUAUCAGAAGUGCUUGGUUGCCCGACCUCCUUCACAGAAAGUUCGGCCACCCCCUCCUCCAGCAGACUCAGUGACCAGAAGAGUCACAACCAACGUAAAACGAGGUGUCUUAUCUCUCAUUGACACUUUGAAACAGAAACGUCCUGUUACUGAAACGCCAUAACUGCACACAGUAAAGGAUUGUUAUACUUACCUGAAGAUCUAGUAGCUACAUACACUACAGAAGAAACACGAACUAUUUUGCCUUCCAUUCAAUUGGUGAUGCUUUGUCUUCAGAAAAUAAAUCCUUAACAAAACAGUGUUAGACAAGCAUGUUCUCUCGUCCUUGCCACCAUCAUGUGAUAUGAAAAGAAGCAUGAAUAAUUUUUUUGCUGUCAGUGAGUUACAUCAUGAGCGGUGGAAGGUCUGUUAUUGUAAAUAUUCUGAACAGGACCUAAAUUCACACACACAAGAGAAGAAGGUGGCCACACCCCUCCUAGCAAACUAAAGGCUAAGUCCUUGGAGUGAAGAAUGCCUGAGGUUAUUGUUUCACUGUCUUUUUGAGCGGGAUUUGUCACAAGCAACUUUUAAGUCCUUCAGCACUUUGCCCUGUUUGCAACACUGGAGUAGAUACUACAUCUUAGUUAGCAUUGAAUUCCUGUAGGAUAGAAUUACAAGGUUUUUUAUUUGGUUUCGUUUCUUACAAAAUAACAUCUGUUUGUUGACAAAAUUGUUUGUUGACGUUGGUCUAGAAACCACCUGACCGCUUUGUUUGACAUGCUUUUGAACCAUGGACACCUUUUUAUGUCGACUACUGUUUAUGUAUUAUGAUGUUGAUGGGGAGGGGAAAAUUAAGCUUGAAAAUUGUCAAAUUGCAUCAUUUUGAGGAAUCAAAAAAGUCAGCCUUUCAUUUCAGACAAUUACUUCCAUCAGAUGAUUUUCAAACUAACUCUAAAAAAUGAGAAUUGUUAAAUGAAAGUGUGAUGCAUUUUGGGUGGGACGUAUUCCAAUAUUCUGCCUUAUAUUAAACAAUGCAACUAGAGAAUGUAAGCUAUUUGCUGUAGCUCAGUAUCAUCAUUCUCUAUGUAAACACCGUUAAAAUGAAAUCCACCUAUCUAUACCUUUCAUCCUUAGAGUUUGAUCUUGAUCUAUUAUGCAAAUUGUAAUUGAAGGAAUGCCAUUCACACAAUGUUAUUCAUAUACAUUUAAAUUUCACCACUUGGUGAAGUCUUAUCUGCAUUUAGCCACCUUUUAGCUGGUAUUAUGUUGAGAUUCUGCACCUGGCUCAGUCUACUUGACUACAUUUUACUUAGAAAUCUCUGCUUGAGUUUGUCUAUCACAUUUUUUCAUGGUAACAAAUUAUACAUAGCAGUAACAAUAUCAAAUUUGUGCAGGAUAUAUAGAUUUCUGUGCCACUAAUAGGUGCUUUUCCUCCUUUCUCUUGAUUUCUUUCAACUGUUUAAAAAUUUGAAGUAUUUUUUUAUUUCCAAUCAGAACAAAAUAUUCCUAGGUAUGAGAUAGAAUACAGAGUUCUAAUAUUUUCUGCCUGUUUGUUUCUAUUUAAACAUAGGACCUAAUUGAACAGAUAGAAAAAUCUAGACUUAUUGAUUCUGUUACUUCAAAAGGACAUUAUCAAGGUGAUUAAUUUAAAUAUUGAUCAUCUGUGUUCAGCUUAGAACAUCAAAUUUAAUUUUUUCAAAUCUAAUUAUGGAAGUAUAUUAAUCCUUUACAUUUGUAAUAUUUGUACACCUUUCAAAGUAUUUUUCAGUCAUUACCUCAUUUGAGCAAGACAAAACUGGUGACAGAUUUCGGGGAAAAACUGAAAUUCCAGAUAAGUUGUGACUUGCCUGAGGUCAAGUUAUCGAGAGAGCCUGGACGCCAACCCAGGUCUUCCUGACUUUUAUUUCAGUGUCCUUUCUACUCUAUCAGGCUGUCUCCACACCAGUCAUAAGAGUCCUUUCAAAAGCCUGAAGGCAAACGCAAAACAAACAAACAAACAAAAGAUAACAAGUAUGGAAAGAUUCAUUUUCAGGCAAUUCUGGAAUUCUUAUAAAUAAACAGGGGAAACAUAUGUCCAGAUAAUGCUGAGCACAUUCAUGCAGAAGAAUUUACUGUAGAGUGUCAGUCUCCUACCCCACAAAAAAAGAAUGUGUGCAGUAGAAGCAGGAGCUACACUGAAUUGUUCCCUGUUCACCCAUACACCUGUUUUGGUGAAACAUCUUAGGGAACAUAGUUGCUUCUGUCUAUAUGGCUUAUUUAAUCUAUGUGUCAGUAAAUUGAAGUUAGUAGUAUUUCUUUCUGCUUACCACAUUCUGAUGAGUUUUUAAGGUAUUUGGUGGUUGGUCUCCUAAUGUUAGGCAUUAAUGUACCUCUGGAAACAGAAGCAUUUUUUCCCAAAUCCUCAACUAAUGGAACCCACUGAGUUAAUCAUUCCAGCCUCUCUUGGUAUCCACCAUCUGAAAUGGCUAGUGUAUUUAGAAGUAAAUUCUAAAUUAUGAAAACCCUGACUAUGUCCUUUUCAGAAGUUCCUAUUCAAAAUUCCACCCAGGAUUCCAUCAUGUUGACAUUCCAACUUGGUGAUUUCCAAGGCAAAAUGACAUUCAAUAUGAAACUUUUUAAAAAAUCAAAUAAGCCACUUUCAUUUAGAAGAAUGCCAUCAGAACUAAGAGUUCAUUUUUCUUUAUUUUUUAAGUUAUUUGUUUUGUUGUCAGGAUCAAGAACACUGAGCUAGCUUUGAGCAACAAACUGAUUUAUAUAUAUAUGCAAUUAUAGGAAGCAUUAAGACAAAUAAUAGACAUUACAUAUGAAAACAUAUUUGCAGAUAUUUUGCUUUUAAAAUAGCUUUGCAUAUUUACCUAAAUGCUAAUUAAUUUUAUAAAACUGAUUAUUUUAAACAGUAUGUUCAGACACUUUCUGCCAUGGCCAAAAAGUAUGUAUGAAAUGUAUGUGUGUGUGCUUGUGUGAGUGUGAGAUUGAGAGAGAGGGAGAAUACCAAUGUUUUACCCAAUGUUGUAGUGACACUUCAGUUAUCUAUGCAUUCUUUCUAUCUAGUGAUUCUGUAAGCAGGCAGCCAUGUGCACUAUGCCUUGUAUGUCUUGUGUCAUUUUUGAAUUAACCUGUUAAAUACAGCUUAAAAUAUUUUUAUUUUAUUUAUUCUAUUUUUACUGAAAUAUACUGCAUUAUUAUGUUAAUGUAUUAUCUUUACUGGACAUUAUUUCACAAUGUAUCCAGUUCUAAGUAAUCUCCGUGUAUUAUAGGUUACCAAAAAGGUGGUUUUGUAAUGAUUUGUAGUCAUAUUUUUAUUGGAGUAUGUAGAAGAAAUGGCAAAAUGUGUAAAGUUCAUUUCUUUUAUUUUUUAAAAAGCAAUUAGAAAGAUAGAUGCAGACAUACCACCUCAUAAUAUGCUCCUUGAGAACAAGGAAAAUGUAGCCAACACCGUCUAUAGCUUAAGCUUUUACUUUGCAAACUGAAACACUAAGUUGUACUUUUUAGUGUCCUUUAAAAUACUUGCUGUUUCAUUUACGAUUGUAUACAUGCCCCUUUUUUUCCCACCUCAAUAUAAGACCAUCUACAACUAAUUAGAAUACUAUUUUAAAAUGCAUGAUGGGUUAUUAAUCCCACUUCCAUUAAAAUGAGUUCUUAGAUGAUAAACUGUGGGCAUAGUAACUUUAGAGCUUAACAAACUAACUCUUUCCUUUUUUAAAAUGGAAAGUUGUGAGACUAUCCUGAACUAAUUUGCUACAAGCCCUAAUUCUUCCUUUUCCUGUGUAGCAAACAAAAUGUUUCUAAUGUCCUUUUAGAAGAUCUUUAUUUCCAAAGCAGGUAUCAGUUCAGCUUGAAUAUUAAAAACAUUAUCUCUGUAUUCAGAAAGCUUAGUUAUCGUACUAUGUGGUUUAAACAUGUGCUAUACAGUCAGCAAACGGAAGUUCAAGUUUCAGGGAAGGACACUUGCUCACGGUUUAUCAUGUUAAAGAGCUCACUUCUAAUCAAAGCAGCUUAUUCCAAAAAGAAACUUUUGCUUUCCUUUGUUUUUUCCUUUUGCUGUUUACCACUUUUACACAUUUCAAUGUAAUUUGUUGUGAGAAUAAACUUAGCUGCAUAAAAUGUCUGACUCAUUUAUAUGAAAUAACAAAGUCAUAUUUGGGGGGAUAGAAACUUAAACAUUUAGUUUAUGUUGGCUGUUUUAUUUCACAAUCUCCUCCAAAAUUGAACUGCUUUUAAAACAUCAAUUUAGUAAUCUAAGAUGUCUGCUAUUACCUUUUUUCAUAUUUAAUUACAGGUGAAGGCUUUGAUUAAAUUUGGUCUUGCUAUCUCCCAGAUAAAACUGGUAUAUUAAUGGCAUAGUAUUUAAAUUCUGAAUAAAAUGCCAGUGUGGUACACAAUUAGCAACCAGAAGGGACAGAUAUUGUUUGGGCAGAGAACCAAAAGUAACUCUUCCAAUAGAAUUCUACAGAGAGUAGUCCUUGGCUAUAAGAAGUGCUCUAUUGCAAUUACUGUCUGCAAGGAAACUGGUCAUCUUUUAAUUGCCAAAGAUCCAUAGCCUUUCUCUAAGGUCUUAUUUUCUUUGAGCCAUUCUGUAGUUCACAAAACUCCUACUCUUUCCUAUCUCCGCUUCCAUGACAACACUUUUCUGAUGUUCUAGCUUUCCCUUCUCAGUCUUUGUUGCCUCAUCUUUUUCUUUCUAGCCUGAAAUGUAAGGGUGCCACAAAGUUUCUGUCCUCAGCCUCUUGUCUCAUCUAUACGCUUUCUCCCUUUACAAUUU